UCUAUGAAAGUCUGUUUACCGCCCACUAUAAAAACACCUAUUCUACCAUCCUCUCCUCCAGUUUCACACAGCUCAUCAUCACUUAGGGUUACCUUCUAACACCCAAACUCUGUUUCAGGACAAAUCAGUUUUAGUAUUUUAUAAUCAAAAUGUCCUCCUGUUCAGUUACCCUACUGCUUCUCCUUCUGCUUGUUGGGCCUAGCAGCACAUUAGCCAGGCCUGGUAGAAGCAGGACGUGGCUGGAGGGGCACGUAAGGACAGAGGGAAGGGUUCGAUCUGGACUUAAGAACAACGGUGGAGACGAGGCAAGCGCCGACAGCCGAAAAGAAACCGAAGUUGGAGAUCCCCGCGCGUUUAAACCAGGAGUUCCAGCAGGAGACGACGGGGAAGCGUGGAGGGCUGCCGCGUCCGUCUUCAGGUCCACAUUUUCAUUCAGCGACGGUCGACUGUGGGAGCCUCGCGUCUCGUCUCGCUGUGUGCCCAUCCCGUCGGGCAUGGCCUUGUGCCAAAACAUAGGCUACGACACCAUGAGGAUGCCGAACCUGCUGGGCCACGAUUCUCCGGCCGAAGCUGUGCAACAAAGUGCCAGCUGGCUGCCACUGCUCGCCAGAGAGUGUCAUCCAGACGCUCGCAUAUUCCUCUGCUCUCUGUUUGCUCCCAUCUGCCUCGACCGGUUUAUUUCACCCUGCAGAAGUUUGUGUGAAUCGGUGCGGGACACCUGCGCGCCAAUCAUGAGCUGCUACGGCUACCCCUGGCCUGAAAUCCUCCGAUGUGACCGGUACCCAGCAGAUCAUCUCGUGUGCAUCUCCUCUGUCACCAACACCACUGCCCACACARGCGUACGCGGAGUGCCUCAGGCGAGCUGUCGAGAUUGUGAGCUGGAGGAGGGCUCUUCGUCAAAGGACACACUGGAGACCUUUUGCGGGAGUGAUUUUGUGAUAAAACUGCGUCUGAUGAGGCUCAAGUACAGUCCCGUGAGUCUUUCUCAGUUCUCGCUAGCUGCUAAGCUGGACGUCCUGAAGCACGGACCCCUGUUCGGAGGGCAGAUUCGUUCCCGUAUYGAGCUGUGGCUGGAGAGGGACGCGACCUGCGUUCAGAACAUGACCCGACAGCACCCGCGAGGCGGCACUUUCCUGGUGACGGGCACGGUGAACGGGGAGCACCUGGUGGUCAACAAGGCUUACGUUUGGCAAAGACAAGACAAGAACCUAAUGGUGGCUGCGCGCAAGUGGAAAACUCACAGAUGCAGGAUCUAAUGUUGUCUGUCUUGACUGAGUUAGAAUUGACUAAAAUAACAAAUUGUGGUUAGGAAAGUAGAGUUUAGAAGCUUUGCCAUAAACCUAYAAAUGUAUAUAAUACUGGUUCUUUUUGUUUUAAUGGUUUUUGAAAAAAGCUAAUUAUGAAGAAAAUAUUACAGUUACAAAAAGCACAUAAAUUAUCCACAA